UUGCCUCGUGUAACUACCCGCAUGAGUUACCUUCACCUGGUUGGGCGUAUUACAACCCUGAAAACAAUGAAACGUGUCCCUUCCCAAGGCCCGCCCCCUAGAUUUCGGCUGGAUGGACAAUAUUUUGGCCCCAAAUUAACCAUUGAAAAAGAUUAUCCACUAUCAUGCUAUCGUACCCUCAACAACAUUAAAG